UCAACCUUAAAUUUCUCCUUCAUUAUUUAGAUGCAAUGCAACACCCAAAACUUGGACCUCUCUCUAUCUCACACACUUCCACUUACAUAGAAGAAACCUCUUUCAACUCCUUAGUUUCAGAUUCUGCAACCAAAAAAGAAAAAAAGAAAAAAAGAAAAAAAAAAGAGAUAUAUUAUUACAUUCAUUAAAGAAAAUAACAAGAAGUAAUAAAACAAUUCUUUCUUUAUUGGUUUUUUCUAGUAAACGAUGGAGAAUUCAUACGACUCAGCCAAGUGGUCUGACUCAACAACUCCGUAUAUGGUCUCAUGGUCAUUACAAUCUGAUUCCUCUGAUUCUGAUUGGAGCCGCUUUAAUCUUGGCUUCUCUUCUUCCUCCUCCGGCAAUUUCCCUGCCGAUGAUUGUGUCGGUGGGAUCGAUAAAGCUGAGUCACUUUCAAGAAGCCACCGCCUUGCUGAGAAAAGACGCCGUGACCGCAUUAAUUCUCACCUCACUGCUCUUCGCAAACUUGUCCCCAAUUCCGACAAGUUAGACAAAGCGGCGCUAUUAGCAACAGUGAUAGAACAAGUGAAAGAACUCAAACAACAAGCAGCAGAAUCACCAAUCUUCCAAGAUGUUCCUACAGAAGCGGAUGAAGUGACCGUGCAGCCUGAAACUAUAUCUGACUUCGAAUCAAACACCGAAACAAUCAUCUUCAAAGCUUCCUUUUGCUGCGAAGAUCAACCCGAGGCAAUCUCAGAGAUCAUUAGGGUUCUCACAAAGCUUCAACUCGAAACAAUCCAAGCUGAUAUCAUCAGUGUUGGAGGAAGAAUGAGAAUCAAUUUCAUCCUAAAAGAUAAAAACACCAACGAGACUACGAACGUAGCUGCAUCAGCUAAAGCUUUGAAGCAAUCUCUAUGCGGCGCGUUAAACAGAAUCACAUCUUCUUCUUCUUCAUCAUCUACUUCUUCAGUUUGCAGAAUCAGAAGCAAAAGACAGAGAUGGUUUCUCUCUUCUCACUACUCACAAUAAUGAAUACAUUUUCACAAUACAUACACGUAGUACAACCCAUUCCUUAUUACUAAAGAUUUUGUCAGCAAUUUGGUUGGAUUUAUUCCCUACUAAACCAAUCACGAUUUGUACAACCUUACCCUGAAUUGUUCCACAAGUUAUAUAACCUAAAUCUGAAUCACUACGAAGCUUAGCAUAUCACAAUAACACUAAUAUUUGUAUAUUACCAAUCAUGAUUUGAAUAACCUUAAUCUGAAUUGUUCCACAAGUUAUAACCUAAAUCUGAAUCACUACGAAGCUUAAUUAGCAUAACAUAAUAACAUCAUCGAUAAAGAAACUGAUUAGAUAGAUCAAGGUUUAACAUUACUUGAGGAUCCAUACAAUCCAACAAAAAACGAAGCCAAGAACAACUUAAAAACUUGAAACGAGUUCAGACAACAGUACUUAAGAUAUAAGC